UUGACGUUUCAUAGUGCAGUGCAAACAUGGCGUCAUGCAAUUAAUAUAUUUUUUAAUGGCUCUAGUAGUUCCAAUUACUUUUUUUCACAUUUAAAAUGCUUCAUAAUUUUUGUACGUCUCACAAAAGUGUAUCCAACGCUACGAAAAUUGUUCAGUAGAAUAACAAUGUAGUUAUGUGCGCCGUGAAUCAGUAGAAAUUGUUUGCAAAUUUUAUUGCUGUCAGAUAACGAAAAACGGGAAGAGGAGUGUAUGUGAAAACAGGAGCACGCAAGCAGCGUUUUGACAGACAAAGCGGCGACAACAAACGCAACGACUGUGACGUUGGCGUCAGCAGCACAAGCAGGUGUUGGUGGCAGUGUUUAAUGAUGUUUCUAAUUAGUUCAAAUUAUAAACAAAUGCAGAGACGACAUUGCACAAUAAAAAUUUCAUAGUUCUAUUGAUAGGUGUGAAAAUUAUUUUGCACCAUUUUUUUGUUCGGUUAUCCAGCCACUGCUGUGAGUGAGCGAAAAGAGUAUCACAAGUAAUACACGAAGAAAGUCUUGUGAUUUUGUAAUUGGCGUAGCUAAUAAUUUAAAUUAUAUAUUUUCUGUCGUGAAAUUUACGGUGCAGCGUUGAAGAAAUUUUAAUGUGUACAAGUGAUUUGCAUUGAUAUUGGUAUAUUACAUUUGCUUUGUAAUGGCUACAACAUCUACAUUGGCAGCUGCAACUGUGGCAGGUGCCACAGCUUCAUCUUCUGCUAGCACAUUAAGUGGCGGUGGAAGUAGUGGAGCAGGAGGGAGUGCAACUUUAACUAAUGCAAACGCUGCGCAAUUUCGAGAAAUACAUAAAAACACUUGGCUUAAAAGACUGACAGCAGAGGGUAAAAAAAUCACUGUGGGACCAAAAAAAUCUGAUCGCAGUUGGGUUGUUUUCUGCGUCCACGAUGACACCGAUGCACUUUUAGAGGGCUACGCUGAGCCACGCCAGGCUGCCGCUCAUAUGCCCGAGUGGGUUGUUUCGAUGCAGGACACUUUGCACAUUUCACAUGCACUAAUUCCAAAUUCGCACGAAUUCGAGUUUGUCGUCACGCUUGCUAAUGAAGUGAUACGCUUCCAUGCAAUGUCAUGGGAAAUUAUGCAAGAAUGGGUAGAGACUUUGCGUUCGAAACUACGUGAAAUGAAAAUUCUUUCGCCACGGGAAAAUCUCUACACAAAACUACCUGAAAUUCGGGCACCGCUUUUGCCCACCCGUGAUCCGACAUCUCCGCUUCCUGCACCACCGCCGGUACCAGCUGCAAUAGUACCAGGUGUAGAACGUGUGGUGCCCUUAAGUGUGAUACAAGACAAUUCUGCCAAUGAAGCACGUCCAGAAAGACAAACUAUUACAACCGCAGCCACAACAACACCAAUAGAACAAAUGGUGACAUCAACAGCAAACUCCAGCACAAAUAAUACUAAUAGAGUGAUUAAUGCUGUUGGCAAUUUAACGAGCACAAACAGCAAUACAUCACACAUUCCAACCGUAACUCCUCAAGCGAUGCUAUCACCCGCACUUACUGCCAUGUCUAAUACUCUAACACAAAAUUUGCUAAAUAUGCUAUCUGAUCCUAUUAGCGCAUAUAGCGAGCAAAUAAAUGAUAUAGAAGACAAUAACUUUUUUGAUGAAGCAAACGAUGUAGAUUUCAAUGACGAGUUUCUUUCCCCUAUUUUAAGAAAAAAUGUACAAAGGCACGAAAAUGGCCCUACAACAAGUGCUGCUAAUAGCGUUCGCGUAGAUGUUGCACAACGCGUUUCUGCUGAUCAAAUUAAAAAUUGGGAAAGCCUAGUGCAUACAGAAACGAAUGUGUCACCCAGACUGCAAACAUCUCGUUCGUUGUCGGCUGGUGCUGCCGACUCAUGUCGCAAAGAUGUUACAAGAUCGCCCAUAGCACUCAACACCUCCACUACUGCGAGUAAUGAUAAUGUUACAGCGCUGGAGAUUAGCACAGAGCCUCAAUCAGAGUCAUGGCAAAAUAAAACCGUUUCCUCCGCCAAGAGUGAACCUUUAGAGCAGAUAGAUGUUGAUAAAAUGAAUAUUACCAUCAUACAAGUAUCAACCAACGAUGUAAAUGAUCGUAAACAGGAAAACGAAACGAAAACCAGUGCUAAAGUGGCUAGUAAACGUGUUACGGGUGAUAUUUUCAAGUUCCCCGAAGCUGUACAAAACGAGUACAAAAGUAAUGUGCAAAUUAUUCCGUCCACAAAAUCAAACAGUAGUACAAUUCAGGUACUCGGCACUAAAGCAACCGCAACAGUGCCGUCCACAACCCAGUAUGCGACACCAGUGAAGAGAGCUAAUCAUAAUAAUAUAACCGCAACAACAACAACAACACCUUCCACAGUCACUUUGCCGGCGGAUGAGCUUAAAGUAACAACGGUACAUGUUUGCGGUAAUACCCCCACAGCGGCUACUAUUGCAGCAGAAGCGGUUCAAAACGUGAACGCAAGUGGUGUGUCUUUAUAUGGCACAUGCUACACCCCAACAUCAUCUGUUACUAACUCACAACCCCCUAAAGAGGCCACCAAUAGUGGGACACCGAAAAUGACGAAGAAAAUCAUACUUUCAGCCAAUACAACGGGCAUAACAAACAUAACGGUAAAUAACACAAGCACCGCGAACAGACUGGAGAGACCUAAUGCCGCAGCGGAUACCAAUGUCAAACAUAAUGCUGGAUCUAUGCACUAUGAAAAAGUCUUUCUUUCGACCAGUGCAACGCCCGAAGUAAGCAUUGUUGGAUCAAAAGUCGCCCCAAUUAGUACUGUAAUAACCACAGCAGCGUCGCACUCAUCCAAUUUAAUUGGUAAUUGCUCUACUCAUAUGACCGUUGAGGCUGUUCAAGGUUCAUCUUGUAAAACAGAGAGCGAUCGGACCUCAAAGCCAUCUUCCCCAAUGCCACUAACUGAAACACGCAAGCCAAUUAAACCCACACCAGCAACCCGCACUAUGAGCCCCUCGGCUACACCACAUGUAGAUAUGCCAUCGGUUCCACAUAAAAGCCGUCAUAAAGGCAUGCAAUCGCCAUUAAUGAGCCGGGUGCAACAACCGAUCCAAGCGAGUCCAGUGGCGGAACGUCGGCGUAUCGCAACAUCUGCAAAUCUCUUAACGCGAACCGUUACAUCAUCACCACCACCAACGGCACAACAUACCGGUGCUACCACGACAACUCCUACGCCUCACCCUUUGCCUAGUCGUAGUCAUUUGCUAACACGCGGUCUUACUGAAGCUGUGAUAACGACACGUCCAAGUCGUAGAGAUUUUCAUUUAUUUAAAGCGUCUGCAGGAAAAGAUAAACCGGCUGCAGUUAUUGGUAGUAAAAGUACUUCAACAGUUACUUCGAACAAUAAUGCCGACAAUACAUCCACAUCGCAGCCGUCAACAAACGCCGCCAGCAGCUCGAAUGCACCGCACAACGGUCGUAGUCGCAAUUGCGAUUUGUUAGAGCAACGUCGUCGUAGCUCAUCAACAUCGGACGCGCGCGGUGCCAACAAUAAUGAACUGCCAGGUGGACGUAACACCGGGUUACGCUUUCAACAUCCACCUCAGCCCUUUCGUAGUGUUGAAAAUGGCCCCUUAAAUGGAGGCGCUAGUGGAAAUGGCAGCAAUAUUGGCUUAUCAUCGCCGUUGCCGCCACCCAAUGGUGUUAAUAACUCACCGUCUAACAAACGUAUGACACUGCGCGAGCAUCAAGUUAUGCAGCUACGGCGGGAGAUCAUGCAUCCUGGUGGCGUUCGACUGCAGCUGCGUCGAAAGGAUUGUGUGGGUUCCAUUGCGUGGGUGGACGCAUUUGGUGCUGUGUGGGUGGCUGGUUGGAAGCAGAAGGAACACCCGGUGCUCUAUAAUGCUUUACAUAUUGGUGAUCAAUUGCUAUCCAUUGCUGGUACAGCGGUUACUACAGCAAAUGAAGCUAAUAAAAUUAUACGCAAUACCAACACACUUUUUGUAGAGGUGCUCGUGCGUCGCAUUCCCUUCGGUCGUGGCUAUGCCAUACGACGUGAACGUGAGGGUCAAUGUCUAGGUUUAAUACGUGACGGCAACACUGCGACCAUUGUGGAUGUAGUGCCAAAUAGCUUAGCGGCACGACAUGGACUUCCACCAAAGGCACAAUCUUGCGAUGGCACAACACUUACAUUUUGGGUACUUACGGAAAUCAAUGGACGUCCGUUGAAUUUAUACUUCAAAGAAAACGAGAUACGCGAUCGCUUGAAUUCUGUUGGUCGCGAUAUAUCAAUCUUAGUGCAACCAUCAGAUCUAAUUACGAAAUUAAAAAAACAGUUAAAAUCUUUACGUGGCUACAAGGAUUACCUUGUACAAUAGUGUAAUAUACGAGUAUACGUCAUUUCGGGUAUCUGGUUUUGGUAGCACACAAAAUUUUGCCCUUUUAAUCUCAUUUACUAAGGAAGUUGCAAAAACUAGUAUAUUUAAAAUAUAAUCUCUGGUUUGUUAAUGAACUUUGGCAUUCACUAAGUAGUUUAUCAAAAUUUUCGACUUUAACUGCACGAAUAUAACCAAUAUAACCUUUAUUGAAACGUUUACUACCUAGCUUAAUAAAUUAUGUGCUCUUAUACAUAAAUAAGAGUUUAAGGACCUAUUUUGUAAAUAUAUUGAAUACAACAGCGAUACCCAAAUUUAACUUCAAAAGUAAUGAGGGCAAAAGAAAUGCUGAAAUUAAAGUCGCAAGUCGGCUGGCAGGAAUAUUAUCAAGCAAUCAUAUACUGGAAUUGUAUGCCGUUCAUUAUUAUAAGUAAAGAAGUAGAGAAGCAAACAAUCGAAAUACGAUUGUAAAAAUUCCAUUUAUAAAAGACAUAUUUGAAGGAGGUUUACCAGUCACUUUAGCCAUUAAAUUAGUACAUACAUAUAUACAUUCAUAUACAUAUAAAAAACAAGUGAUAGAGACAUUCAUAUAUCUACGUACAUUAUAUUAUAUAUAACUAUCCUUGCAUAUAUGCAUACAUAUGUAUGUAUAUGAAAUCAUACAUGCCAACACAUGUAUUUUUGCAAAUUUAUAAUCUCUUAAUAACCAAGUGCAUACUACUUCUUAAAUAGGUUGGAAUUUAUAAUAUUUAUUGUAUAAGAAAAUUUUUCAAAAUCAUUAAAACUGGUUGCUAUUUACAUAAGUAA